UCAUAAACAGAGAGGAACUGGAAGUACCUAGAAGGGGAAGUGGAAAUACUUCGUGCGCGAAUGUCUCGGACUCAAAACAAGGAACAGUGAUAGUGCAUAUGUCCCACCGGACCCAGUAGUCGACUUUCCCAGCGCUGGAAAAUUCGAUUCUGGAAGUGUUUUAAACUGCGGUUGAUCUCCGCAUAAAAUCGAAUCGAAACGAAAAGUGCAGCCAUCAGGUAAACAUCCGAAAUGACGCAGAAACAUCGGCUGGUGGAAUCUUCCGACGACGACGAUGAGGUUUGCGAUAACGAAUCUCGUCGGGUGAAUGGGGACCUAACCAUAAAUAUGACCCCAGAGGACGGCGACCCCGAUGAGGACGGUAGUGCCCUGCCCCAGAACGAGCCAGUAUUUAGCCUGAGACGGCGGAAGCGCGGACAGUCACACUACGAGAGUCUGGACUACGACGUGUGCGAGAAUGUCCUGUGGACGGAGGAGAACCGCAAGAUUGAACAGCGCACCACCGUGCGGAAGGACUUUGCCCGAUGGAUCAUUUCGAUGCAGAUCGGCAUCGGGACGGCUCUGGUGGCCUGCGGGAUCAACAUCGUCAUCGAUCAGAUGUCCUUUCUGAAGUACUCGUUCCUGAAGAGCCAGGUCGAUCACAACGUGCUGAACGGUGAUCUCAGUAUUCCGUACCUGUACUGGGUACUGACCAAUAUCGUUCCGGUGGUGGUUGGAGCCACGCUGGUGGCCUAUGUGGAACCGGUUGCCGCCGGAAGUGGCAUACCACAGGUCAAGUGUUACCUGAAUGGGGUGAAGAUUCCCCGGAUCGUGCGGAUUAAAACAUUGGCGGUGAAAGCAGUGGGUGUGGUCACUUCGGUUGUUGGUGGCCUGGCCGGCGGUAAGGAAGGACCGAUGAUUCACAGCGGAGCGGUCAUUGCCGCUGGUCUGUCCCAAGGAAAAAGUACCACAUUUCGGAGAGAUUUGCGCAUAUUCGAGUACUUUCGAGAUGACCACGAGAAGCGCGAUUUCGUUGUAGGUGGUGCAGCGGCAGGUGUGGCCGCUGCUUUCGGAGCACCGAUCGGCGGUAUUCUGUUCUCACUAGAGGAAGCAGCCAGUUUCUGGAACCAAUCUUUGAUCUGGAGAACGUUCUUCGCUUCAAUUAUAAGCUCCUUCACGCUGAACAUUGUCCUGUCCGCUUACCACGGUCUAAGCAGUUUCCGGUACCGAGGUUUGUUCAAUUUGGGCGAAUUUGAACCGCUACCCUUUGAGUAUUACGAGCUACCAAUCUUUAUGUUGAUGGGCGUAUUUGGUGGCAUGUCCGGCGCCUUUUGGAAUUGCAUCAACAAUCGCAUAAACAUUUUCCGGGCCCGGUUCAUCAAAGCACGCUGGGCCAAAGUUAUGGAAGCGGCCUUUGUAGCAGCCAUUAGUGCUACCUGUGCAUGCGCCAUGGCCUACACGAUCAACGAUUGCCGCCCGCUGGGCAACGAUCCCACCACAACCCCGGUGCAGCUGUUCUGCGAAGACAACGAGUACAAUGCGGCUGCGGCCCUGUGGUUCCAAACGCCGGAGGCAACCGUCAAGGCACUGUUCCACGAUCCACCCGGAUCGCACAAGAUCCUUACGCUGGCGGUGUUUGUCCUGAUCUACUAUCCGCUGUCCUGUAUAACCUAUGGCUUGAGCGUUUCGCUGGGUAUUUUCAUUCCUACGCUGCUGGUUGGAGCGGCUUGGGGCCGGCUGACUGCAUCGUUCGUGGUGUUGGUGUUCCCCGAAGCAAGCAUCUUUGUCCACCCGGGAAAAUACGCAUUGAUAGGAGCGGCCGCCCAGUUAGGGGGCGUCGUCCGAAUGACGCUGAGUUUGAGCGUCAUCAUACUGGAAACAACCGGAAACAUCGGAUUCGUCCUACCGAUCAUUCUCACCGUGAUGGCAGCCAAGUGGAGUGGGGACUACUUCAACGAGGGUGUGUACGAUAACCAGAUCAAGGCGUCCAAGGUACCGAUGCUGCCGUGGCACGUGGAUCCAACCCUGCAGCAGAAUAUUGCCGAAGAUAUUAUGAACCAACCGGUGGUUUGCGUCCGCCGAAAGGAGAAGGUUAACUACAUUAUCGAUAUUCUGAAGAAUACGGCCCACAAUGGAUUCCCGGUCAUCGAGGAUGACGAGAAUGGUAACCGAGAAAACGGAAAACUGAUUGGCCUAAUCCUGCGUUCCCAGCUGGUGGUAAUUCUGAUGCGAAGCAUGUACAUCGAAACCAAUCGGUUCUGGAGAGAUCUUGUAACUAUUCGAAACUUUAGAAAGGAAUAUCCCCGGUAUCCCACUAUCGAGGACCUGAAAAUCAGCGAGGACAAAACCCUGCGCAACUACACCGUCGACAUGAGCAUCUUCAUGAAUCCCUCGCCGUACAGCGUCAAUCUGAAGACGUCGGUUCCGCGGAUUUUCCAGCUGUUCCGGGCGCUGGGCCUGCGGCACUUGGUGGUCGUUACGCGAGAGAAUCGCAUCCGAGGUAUCAUCACCCGAAAGGAUUUCCUGCCUGAGCUAUGAUCGAGGCGAACGGGUGAUAUGAACGGUUGAGCCAAAGAGGUUGGCAUCUGAAGAGAAUGUGAUUCUCGCCUUGUUUUUAAGUUUUAUUUCCUGAUUGAUAUGAUGAUGAUUCGAUAAUCUACGUCUGUUUUGAUUUUAGUUUAGUUUACGUUUGUAGGUAUAUAAGCAAAGCAAGAGACUGGUAUGUGUUAUAUCCUACUAACUUAAUAGAUCAAGUGCCGAAUGUCCCGCGAAACGCGAACCGAAUUUGUAUUUUAAUUGUAGUUACGAGAUCAAACUCGAAUGGAUUCGUUUUAAUGAACCAACCGAAUAAUACAAAAAUUGUAAAUUUAAAA